AUGGAUGGUGGAUACUAUCGAGGCACUAAUGCCGAUCAAGACAUUCGGUUUUCUGAUAAAGAGAAGAAGCUAAUGAAACAGAUGAAGUUUGAGAAUUCUUUGGAACAAAAGGUAAGUGGUUUUGAGUUGAUUCGACUUUUAGAUUGAUAAAGAAAAAACUUGGUAGAUAUAUAUUAUUUUAAGACUAAUUUUAACAUGUUUUUUUGUAAAUGCAGUAAAACUCUCGGCAUAAUUUCAAUUGCUAUGUAUUUUUCAAAAACAGUGUCAGAGAAUAGUUAUCAUGAAUAAGAUACGUGAUGUAUUCUCUUUCAGUUAUUAACAUUAUAUAGGUGGACAUGUCCAAAGUGAAUCUCGACGUUCUCAAACCUUGGAUCACAGCAAAGUUAAAUCAGUUGUUAGGAAUGGAAGACGAAGUUCUCAUUAACAUGGUUUUUGUCACAUUAGAAGAAACAAAAGACUUGGAUCCAAAGAAACUACAGAUCAACUUGACCGGCUUCCUUAACGCUAAACGAGCUCGAGAGUUUAUGGGAGAAUUGUGGCAAUUGGUGAUAGAAGCUCAAGGCAGUGAAGAUGGGAUACCGACGAGUCUUAUAGAGAAGAAAAUGGAAGAGUUGAAAGCACAAGGAGUUGAUGUAGAUGAAGUGCCAAUGGCAGAAUGUACAGAAAACGAUUGGAAACACCGCUACAAGAGUUUGACCGGAGGACGAUACGGUAAAAACGAGCCAAAUUACAAAUCGGAGCCGAUGGAUAGGAGUCCCAGGAGGAGGUCCAGAUCACCAGACUUCAGAAGACGACGAGAAGAACGAUGGGACGAAGGUAGAAAUGAUGCCAGGAAUGAGAGACGACAGAAAGAGAGAGAUAGUCUAGAGAGGAGAGUUGAGAGAAGGAGGGAACGAAGUGCUGAACGAGAGAAACGACGAGAACGAACUCCAGAACGACGGCGGAUCAGAGAGGAUGGUGAUAGGCGGAAGAAGAGAUCCAGAAGCAAGGACAGAAGAUCACGGUCGAGGACUCCAGAACGACGUGAAGCUAAGCCGAGGAAAUUCACAGAAGAGAAAGUUGUGAAAGAAGAAAAGGUGGAUAAGCCUGAGAAAGAAGAGAAAAUAGAAAAAGUGGUCAAACAGGAGAAAGAAACGUAAGGAUUUGCUGUACUUUUUAAUCAUCUUAUUACCUAAAGUAUAAUUUUUGUAAAAUUUUGAAGAGUAAACUAAAAACACUGAUAAUAUUUUUGUGUUUGAUGUUUAAGUAAGACAAUUAACACUUUACAAGUUUAUUGGUUUUUCCUUUUAAUUGUUUAUUCGUUUUUGUUACCUAAAAACUUCAUUAGCUCUAAUACGGUUGAAUGUUUUCGAAAUAACAGUGUUAUUGCUGUUUAUUAAAACAAAAUCGAUUUCAGAUCAGAAAAGGAAGACCAUUCGCCAGAACCCGAGCCGAAACGCCGACGAAAGGAUUCAGAAGCCGGCGAGAAGAAGUCGAAGAAGCACAAGAAGGAGAAGAAAAAGAAGCACAAGAGAGAGCGGCGGGGAUCGGACUCGGAUUAA